AUGAAGCAACUGUACGACAUGCUCGCCGGUGGAACCUUGGAGUCGUUUGGGGGGUUCGGUGUUGUCGAGGUCGGGCUAGGGAGUGGGGAAACGCCGCCGCCGAUACAGGCUACCCAACUAAAGGUCUUCUUUGGGCUGGAGUUCCUGGUUGCAUUUCGGCAAAGCGAGAAUUGGUGGAGAAGAAGCAGAAAGCCAGAAAAUUGUUCCCUUGCUAUUGUGAGCCUAGAUAGCCGAUGUGCGCGAAAACCAGUUGAAAACGCAGAAGACGAAAAUUGGUGUGCUCUGCGAGAUGAUAAGGGUCGCCGUCACAAGGAAUGA